CUCAGAAGAGCGGAAAAUUCACCUAAUUUCUUUCCAUGACAGCGCGACAAUGCCUCAAUGUCGCAACCUUAGCAAGGUUCUGCUCUCAGUGAUCGCUGUUAGUUCAUACUUAACCGUCGAUCGGGCUGUGCUACCUCUUGGUACACUACGAACGUAAUCAUGGCAUCAGGUGCGACUUUAGUGCAGCCGUCAGGAGAAAUGUGGGCGAAAAUAAGGGUAGAAUUGAAUGAAGAUAUCAAAACUCGUGACAGAGACUUGCAGCAUAUCAAGGACUGGAUGAGGAAGCAGCCCCACUUACCAGAUGAAUGGGAUGAAGGUCGUAUAAUGACAUUCCUGCGAGGCUGCAGCUUUUCAUUGGAAAAAUGUAAGCGAAAAUUGGACAUGUAUUUCACAAUGAGAGCCGCUUGCCCUGAGUUCUUCACUAAUAGAGACGUGAAGCGACCAGAGCUCGUGGACCUUAAGUUAAGAGCACAAGGUCCCCCACUGCCAGGGUUGACACCUGAUGGACGCCGCGUGACUGUGUGCAGAGGCCUGGAUAAAAACCUAGACACAAACCAGAUAAACGAUGCAUUCAAGAUCGCUCUGAUGAUCGGUGACGUAAGGCUGAGGGAGGAGAAAGAAGGAGUGGGUGGCGACAUCUAUAUUCUCGAUGCUUCCAUAGUCACACCGAGCCAUUUGGGCAAGAUCUCCCCUUCCGCUGUGAAAAAGUUCCUCAUAUGUGUGCAGGAAGCAUACCCAGUAAAGCUGAAACAAGUACACGUCAUCAACACUUCGCCAGUCAUUGAGAAGAUUGUCAACUUUGUGAAGCCUUUCUUAAAAGACAAAAUUAAGAACAGGAUACAUAUCCAUUCUGAUAUCAAUGAACUAUACAACUAUGUUCCCAAAGAAAUGCUUCCCGAAGAAUAUGGCGGCAAUUGCGGGUCACUCACUGAUAUUAACGAAGCAUGGAUGAAUAAACUUGAAGAAUAUACGGAGUGGUUUAAAAACGAGGAAUCAGUGAAAGCCAAUGAAGCUCUUCGGCCCGGGAAACCCACCAAUUACGAUGAACUGUUUGGCAUCGAUGGAUCUUUUAGACAAUUAUCAAUAGAUUAAAACAUACAUUGAUAAUUAGCCUAUCCAUGACGUACAUUUAAUUCUUAAUUUCAAAUAUAUUUUUGUAUUUUUUAUACAAAAAGGGCUUACAUAUGAAAUCCCUACGCUCAAUGAAUAAUAUUGAUUUAUGAGUUAAUUAGUAUAAUAACUAUAAUAUCACACAAUGUUUUUUAUCUCUCUUUAUUAUUAAAGACAAUGAAUUUCUCAAUAUAUUAAUAGCAUGGCGUAUAUACAAAAUAAAACAUUAUAUGUCGCGUUUUAAUGACAUUGAUAUCCUCAACGUAUCUUCGUUAAUGUAAUUAAAAUAUGAGUUAAACAAUUUACAAGCACUUCAGUAAUUAUAAGCAUAUUUUAUAAGGUUUAGCAAACUAUAGCUUAAAAUGUGGGAUCCGAAUUUAGUUUUGUAAUGAAUAAUAUUUUUCAAAAUAUAUAGGAUUACGUCAACACUGUAUCUCUAUAGAAUGUGAUAUUUAUCAUUUUCGAAUAAAAUUUUUAAAACACA